CGCCACAAGCAUGGGUACCAGCGAUUGUGCUUUUAAGCUGAUCCGGGCUGGCAGUGAUGGGGAAAGUAUUGGAAAUUGCCCGUUCUCUCAGCGUCUCUUUAUGAUUCUGUGGCUGAAAGGUGUCAUAUUUAAUGUCACAACCGUGGAUUUGAAAAGAAAGCCUGCUGACCUGCAGAACCUCGCCCCGGGAACAAACCCCCCCUUCAUGACAUUUGACGGCGAAGUGAAAACCGAUGUCAAUAAGAUCGAGGAGUUCUUGGAAGAAAAGCUAGCGCCACCCCGGUAUCCCAAACUUGCACCAAACCACCCUGAGUCUAACUCUGCAGGAAAUGAUGUGUUUGCAAAAUUCUCUGCGUUCAUAAAGAACCCAAGAAAAGAUGCUAAUGAAAAUUUGGAAAAAUCUUUGCUUAAAGCUCUGAGGAAGCUGGACAACUAUUUAAAUAGCCCCUUGCCUGAUGAAAUUGAUGCUUACAGCACUGAGGAGAUCACUGUUUCCAGCCGGAAAUUCCUGGAUGGAGAUGAGCUCACCUUAGCGGAUUGCAACCUCCUACCAAAGCUCCAUAUAAUCAAGGUUGUUGCAAAAAAAUAUAGAAAUUUUGAUUUUCCACCUGAAAUGACAGGGAUUUCAAGAUACUUGAACAAUGCAUAUGCAAGAGAUGAAUUUACAAACACUUGUCCUGCUGAUCAAGAAAUUGAGUAUGCAUAUUUGGAUGUUGCAAAGAGAAUGAAGUAAACAGAAGAUGCCUCUGUUCUUUAUUGCUUCUGAGAUUUAGACAGGCACCAGCCAAGAUGGAAAAAACAAAAGCCAGCAUACAUUCUGCAGUGUAAUUUUAAGUUCUGC